GGUUGUCCGUCAAGGAUUGUUACAGUUUCUCUUUUCUCUCAUUGCACUGUUGCUUAUGAUAGAUCAUUAUACUGCACAAGCAAGGCAGAUUCCUGUCAUGAGCGUCAUGUGCUUGUUCUAUGGCAUGCAAGUUUAAUUUUGUUUAUUAAUAUCCCCAUGGUUGCCUUCUAUGUAUUUCCUACUUUGUUAAGUGACAUGGAGUUCAUCUUUAAUGCUGUUUCAGUGAGCAUUUAUGUGAGGAAUGUUGAUGUCUACCGUUUAACAACACAGGUUCUUUCAGUUUAUCUCUAUUCUUUUUUGUUUCUUCCCAUCUCAUUUUGA